GAUAUAAAAUAUACUAUUAAUCCAAAAAUAAAACGAGGCGACCAAUUAGGAAAGUGACAGAAUCAAUAUAAAUCGAGAAAGUGACGUUGAAGAUAGUCAAUCACUAGGACAAAAGAUUAAAGAGAAUGUGACAUAAUUGCAACAAAAUAUAGGACUUAUCACAUAAAGAAAUGGCCCUUUUUAGGACACUCAGAAAUUUCAAAUGUGCAAGAAACUGAAAGAAGGCGAUUUGGAUAGCAUCUGCAUUCAAUCCUGCAAUAAAGAUUGUUGCCCUUUUUAGGACACUAAAUCACAGAAUAAAGACACACUUAAAACCUUCAAAGGAACACCUCAAAACACACACACAUCUCUUCAUCUGUGUGUUCCGACUCCGAGCCUCUAGAGCGAUGGCCCGAGGGGAACAGUCGCCCGUCGACAGCAACAAAACGCCGAGGCAUCCUCGGUGGAGCCGGCAGGAGACGCUGGUGCUGAUAGAAGGCAAGAGGCAGGCGGAGGAGAGGGGGCGAAACGGCAGAAGAUCCACAUCGGACCAGGUCGAAGCCAAGUGGGACUACGUCUCGUCUCACUGCAGGCGGAACGGGGUGAACAGAGGGCCGAUUCAGUGCCGGAAGAGAUGGAGCAAUCUCCUCAGCGAUUUCAAGAAGAUACAGACGUGGGAUUCUAGCGUGGAGGCCGAGGGCAAGGGCAAGGGCGAGGGCGAGGGCGAGGGCGAAUCUUUUUUGGAUGAUGAGAAGUGAUUUUAGGAGGGAGAGGAAGCUCCCCGGUUUCUUCGACAGACAAGUGUACGACGUGUUGGACGGGAAGGAUUUCGCAGGAGCUGCGUAUCAGCUCGCGCUGGUCACAGUGAGUGCCUAUGAGGACGAUGGUGAUGGCUUAGACGACGAGGAUGAGAUGGUGGACAGCGAGGAGGCCGAGGAGGCGAGCCCCGGAAAGGAAAAGCUUCAACAAGAUGACACAAUUCCUUCCCCAGUGCCUAUUUCAGAGAUGAAACAUCAGCCAUCAAAUGCAAAUCAAGCUACCGGAAAGAAGAAUUUCUGGAGAGACGAAGAUGGCGUGAAAAAGAGAAAGCGUGUAAACAAUGAAGUCGACAGCAUACUGAUCAACGCUCUCGAGAGAAACAACGAGCUGCUGAGAGCUCAGCUCGAAGAUCAGAAGUCGAAUUUCCAGUUGGCCAGAGAAGAGCAUAAAGAACAGCACGAAAGAUUAGUCGCGGCACUCACCAAGAUCACCGGUGCUCUAGAAAAAAUUGCAGAUAAGUUGUAAACUGCAAAUGAAUCUAUCAUUCUUGGAAGAAGACAUUUUAGGCCAACUGUAGGUACACAUUUGAAACGAUGCACAAAGCAAGAACCAAAGUAGCCAACAAUAUGCAUCGAGUUAGCAAAAAUUUUCCACACAUUACAAGAUUGAGAUGCA